UUUCAACCUUCAUAAUAAAAUUUCAAGACCCUUGUGAUAGUACAUCGACUUUAAAUAGGUUGAAUGACAUGUCUACCAUACCAUGACGGUGUCUGUAUCGCUUUUACUCGUACUUUAAAAGUUAAGGUUUGUGGUAGUAACCAGAGCACAAAAAAAACUACAAAAUUCGACUGCUUUACGGCAUACGUCACUUCCUCCACUUCCUUAAAUUCGGACGUGAGAGCGCAGCUGCUUAUUUACGGAUGUUUUUGUCAUGGCCGAAGCAACAACCACGAGAAAGAAACGCAAGGUUUUGUCUGAGGAGACCAGAAAGAGAAAACGGGAGAGUGAUCGAAGUAAAGCAAGGACGAGGAUCAUUAUUGGGCCAGCGUUUGCUCGCUGGCGUGAACUGAAGGAGGAGGAGGGCUUCGUGACCGAUGCGGACUUGGCCGUCAUGCUUUUGGACUACUACGAAAGCAGAGGUCCAGCAACUUCCACACCAUAUAAAGGAGAGGGCACAUCAAAACCUCCUGGACCACCAGUAUCGAGUGUUACAGACUCUUCGGAUCAUGACAGGGGGAGAGAAAUGGUCCUUUCCGGUGUAGAGGAGUUGAUCACAGAAAGUCAAAAAGUUGAUGUGCUUGAAUCAAGUAUGCACUCGUUGGCUAUUUCAGAGGAACCUGAUGAUGACCUAGAGGCUGCUAAUGAUUUGCAGAAUAGUAUGAUUGAGAUGGAGGAAGCUGUUUGCUUGGAAGAUGAAGACUCUGAUGAGGAUUAUGUUCCUUUCAUCUAUCUACGGUCUACAAGAAGGGGGGCAGAGAUAGAGAAGCUACCUGAAAUACACAUAGAUGAGGCUGUGCUGGAUGUAGAGGAUGUGCCCAUAGUUCCUGAGGAAGACCAACGCUUUCCUUUCGAACACAAAGUUGAGACUGUAGAGGACCUCAUAGGAAAGAAAGCGAACAUCUGCUACAAUGACAACUUGCUCUCUCUUGCAAGGUACAUGCAGUUACCUGUACAGUUCUGUCAGUUCAGAGACCCAAUUCUGGGGACACAAUGUAAUGGAAGGCCUCCUUUUCAUGUGCAAUUGAAAUCCAGAGGGACAGGUGUCAUUCUUGAAUGGGUUUGCACUCACGGCCACACAGUUUGGCACUGGAAUUCCCAGCCAGUCCUAAAAUUUGGCAUGCAAGGAGGCGAUUUCAUGCUUUCAACCAACAUUCUUCUCUCUGGCAACAACCACAGAAAAAUCCAUCUCCUCUUCAAUUUUAUGUGUAUGGGAAUGGUGGCUGAGAGUACAUUUUUUGCCAUACAGUCUGAAUACUGCCUAAAGCCUGUUGAGGAGUUUUGGGAAGAGAGUAGAGAGAGGGUGUUGAACAGGCUUCGACAAGUAGUUGUACUUGUUGUAAUCUUGGUUCUCUUCUUUUUAUCAGGUGAUGGCAGAAUGGACUCCCCAGGUCACUGUGCACAAUAUUGUACGUACACUAUGAUUGAGCUUGAGACUCGUGAUAUUGUGCACAUUGUGAGCGAGGACAAAAGGAAGUGUGGGAGGAAUUCCGUCAUCUUGGAGAAAGUCUGUUUUGAAAGUACAAUGGACUGCCUUCUCAACGAAAUCCCUAUCAAAGAAGUAGUGACGGAUGCUCACAGACAAAUAUCUGCCUUGCUCGACCCAGUACGUGGAAAAUGCAAGGAUUGGUCUUUAACUCAUUCGCUGGAUGUUUGGCAUGCUUCAAAAAAUCUUGGGAGGAAGCUCCGCGAAGCAGCAAAAGGCAGGGAAAAUUCUGUGCUGAUGCAUUGGGUCAAGGAUAUUGUGAAUCAUUUCUGGUAUUGCUGUCAGCAUGAAACAACUGUAGAGCAGUUUAAGGUAUGUGACUAA